AUGAGGACUUUGAAUCAGGUGGAAAUCCUCGACUGGAAGACAAAGCAGCAACUAUGCUUUCUGGAGAAGGUUGAGCCACAUGCUACGAUAAGUGAUAUCAGACUGAUGUUCCAUAAAUUAUAUCCUCAAUGGUAUCCAGCAAGGCAGUCAAUAAGACUUGAACCCAAAGGAAAAUCACUGCGGGAUGAAGAAAGCCUUCAGCUGCUCCCUGUUGGCACAACUGCCACAUUCUAUUUUAAAGAUUUAGGGCCUCAGAUAGGAUGGACCAUGGUAUUUUUGAUAGAAUACACGGGUCCGUUGUUCAUCUAUUUUGUGUUUUAUUUCCGCAUGCCUUUUAUCUAUGGCCUGGAUGACAGGUUUACCUCGAGCCGACAUCCAGUAGUUAACUUGGCAUGUAUCUGCCAUUCUUUCCACUACAUCAAAAGGUUGAUUGAAACAAUAUUUGUUCAUCGGUUCUCCCAUGGGACUAUGCCACUGAGGAGUAUUGUUAAGAAUUGUUUCUACUACUGGGGAUUUGCUGCCUGGCUCGCUUAUUACAUCAACCAUCCUCUAUACACACCACCCUCUUAUGGACAAAAACAGGUCAAUUUUGCUCUCAUCAUGUGUCUGACAUGUGAAGCUGGAAACUUUUCUAUCCACGUUGCUCUUAGUAAUCUGAGAAAAGACAGAUCCAAGGCAAGUAAGAUCCCUUAUCCAACAAAGAAUCCUUUCACAUGGCUAUUCUAUUUUGUAUCCUGUCCUAACUAUACCUAUGAGCUGGGGACGUGGAUUGGUUUUACUAUCAUGACUCAGUGCGUUCCAGUGGGAUUAUUCACUUUACUGUGUUUCAUUCAAUUGACGGUCUGGGCAAAAGACAAACAUUACACUUAUCUACGAGAGUUUAAGGACUAUCCUAGUCUUCGAAUGUCUAUUAUUCCUUUCUUAUUGUAA